AUGGAUUCCCCAGCAACCGUGAAACACCUGACGCAAGGCUUUUGGUCUGAGCGGACGCCGCUGCAUGACGCUGCAUCUUUGGGGCAACUUGCGCAGCUCCAGCAGCUGAUUGAUGGCGGUGCCUCGGUAAAUGCUUCCACAGUGGACAACAUCACCCCACUGCACGAUGCCUGCAUCCAGGAUCACCCACAGUGCGUUUGCGUGCUUUUGGAUGCUGGUGCACAGGUGGAUGUACGAAAUAUUCAUGGUAGCACCCCUUUGUGCCAUGCCUGUGCAGCUGGGAGUGUGGAGAGUGUAAAGCUGCUUUUGGAGCGUGGGGCUUCUGUGAAUCCCUCGCUCACAGCCCUUACUGCUUCCCCACUUCAUGAGGCCUGCAUAUGUGGUAAUUCAGAGUGUGUAAAGUUGGUCUUAUCAAAGGGAGCACUGCUGGAGGCUUUUGACAUUCAUUUUGGGACGCCACUGCAUGCGGCCUGCUCUAAGGCUCAUCUAGAGUGUGCCCUGCUGUUGCUCAAUGCAGGUGCCAGAGUGAAUGCCACAAAGUUCCACGAGACAGCUCUGCACCAUGCAGCAAGAAUGGGAGAACCGGACCUGAUUGAGCUGCUGGUGGAGUUUGGGGGAGACAUUAAUGUCAGAGACAACCUGGGACAUAAACCCAUAGACUACACUAUACCCGGUUCCUCAUCAUACCUCUGUCUACAACAAUAUGAGAGUUGUCCUCUGUCUCUGCAGCAGCUGAGCCGUAUUGCCCUGAGAACUGUGCUGGGUACCAGAGCACUGCAAGUCAUCACCAAACUGAACAUCUCACAACGCCUCAUCAGUUACCUCUGUUACAGAUGACAAAACAUAAAAAUUAAAUAAUUGCAAAAGCAGAAAACUAGUGUUAAACCCUAAUUUUAACAUUAUUUGGACAUUUAAGGUGGUGGGUUCAACAACAGAAACAACCUGGACGAGAAUGUGACCAUGCUAGAUCACU